GCGGGCCUCGGCGGCCAGUCCCGGCGCACAGCCGCGGCCGGGGCGCGCGGCGCGGGGCGGAAAAGCCUGUUUACACAGACUGCACACCGCCUGGGGAAUAAUGCAGUAAAGGAAGUGAGCCGGCUCGGCCUGACUGCUCCAACUUCCUGCUCUCACACACACAGGAGGAAAAAAAAAAAAGAGGAGCGAGAGAAAGAAAAAAAAAGGGGAAAAAUCAGGAUCUCAUUACAAGAGCAACAGACCGUCUGCAGACGCCUGUCAGCAUGGAAAGUCGGGGCUUUCGCCCGGUUCCUCCUAGAAAUUCCCCCGAAGAAGGCUCUUGAAGGCUCCCCCACAUCUGGGUAUGGAGAGUGCAAUCACGCUGUGGCAGUUCCUGUUGCAGUUGCUGCUGGACCAGAAACAUGAGCACCUGAUCUGCUGGACCUCCAAUGAUGGUGAAUUCAAGCUCCUCAAAGCAGAAGAAGUGGCCAAACUGUGGGGACUCCGAAAAAACAAAACAAACAUGAACUAUGAUAAGCUGAGCAGAGCCCUGCGAUACUAUUACGACAAGAACAUCAUCAAGAAGGUGAUUGGGCAGAAGUUUGUGUACAAGUUUGUCUCUUUCCCAGAGAUACUGAAAAUGGACCCUCACUCCGUGGAGAUCAGCCGGGAGAGCCUUUUGCUGCAGGACAGCGACUGCAAGGUGCCCCCCGAGGCCCGCGAGGCACACAGACACGGCUUGCCUGCCCUCAAAAGCACCAGCCGCAACGAAUACAUCCAUUCAGGCCUGUACUCGUCCUUCACCAUCAAUUCCCUGCAGAACCCACCGGAACCCUUCAAGGCAAUCAAGACGGAGAAGCUGGAGGAGCCGCCGGAGGAGAGCCCCCCCGUGGAAGAAGUCAGGACUGUCAUCAGGUUUGUGACCAAUAAAACCAGCAAGCACAUCAGCAGGCCCGUGGUGUCGCUGCCCUCCACGUCGGAGGCCUUCCUGGCCUCGUCCGUCUCAGCCAAGAUCUCCUCUUUAAUGCUGCCAAAUGCUGCCAGCAUUUCCUCUGCCUCGCCCUCCUCAUCCCGGUCCCCGUCCCUGUCCCCCAACUCACCCCUCCCUUCUGAACACAGAAGCCUCUUCUUGGAGGCCGCCUGCCGUGACUCGGAUCCCCUGGAGCCUUUGAACCUCUCGUCGGGCUCCAAGACCAGGUCUCCAUCUCUCCCCCCAAAGGCCAAAAAACCCAAAGGCUUGGAAAUCUCUGCACCCCCUCUAGUGCUCUCCAGCACUGACAUCGGCUCCAUCGCUCUCAACAGCCCGGCCCUGCCCUCGGGAUCCCUCACCCCAGCCUUCUUCACCGCACAGACACCAAAUGGAUUGCUUCUGACCCCGAGUCCACUGUUGUCCAGCAUACAUUUCUGGAGCAGCCUAAGUCCAGUUGCUCCACUGAGUCCUGCCAGGCUGCAAGGGCCCAACACGCUGUUCCAGUUCCCGACACUGCUUAAUGGUCACAUGCCAGUGCCAAUCCCCAGUCUGGACAGAGCUGCUUCUCCAGUACUGCUCUCUUCAAGCUCUCAGAAGUCCUGAUAACAUCUGGCCAAAAUUAAAGACUCAUUAACUGAAGAAACAAAUUUGUCCCCAUGGGCUAGUUCCCGUGUCGUGAGAAGGACAUUGUGAAACCCUCUAUUAAUUUGGUUUGCACUUUUCAUAACAUGGAUGGUCUAGAUUUGUUAGCAUUUCUAAAACUUUUUUUAUAUUCAAGUAUAUAUGAAAAUCUGUUUUGCAUUACGUGAAUUUUAAUGUUUUUUUUUUAUAUCCUUUUAGCUCUUAUGUGUUGAACACUGUUGACAGUGAAGAAAUUUUCUUAAUGGUUUUCAGUAACUAAUAAGGCUGUGAAGCUUUUUCUCUUUAAUUCUGCAUAUGCUGAAUUGUGCUUGUAUACACUAUAACCAGCUGUGCCUUCCUUUGCAUUUAGUUUUAUGUAAAUGAUUUAUAUAUUUUUAGUAUUAAGACAAAGUGUUUGAAAGAUAAAAAUUAGUAUCAAACAGCUCUCUAGUAGAAUUUCAUUAUUUUUCACAAGUAGGCAAUAUGAAAGCAUAGUCAUAUUUUUCUUUUUUGCUUUCAAUUGUAUAAGAAUUGCCUUAGAACCUCUUUUGAAACUGAAAUUCAGCAAAUGUAAUGUCCAACUAAUGUUUUUAUAAGAAACUAAACUAUAUUUAGACAAUAAACAU